UCAAAAUCCGCAGAGUCCGGUAGGGACAUAUUUGUACCUAUCCUUCCUAGUCUCCAUUUAGGACAAAAGCCUCCCAAGGCCAAGCGAAACAACUAGCUGGUUGUAUUUUCUCAACAAGCUCGUGGUAGCGCGAACGACGUGUGAACUUUACUAAGUACCUCUCAUUGAAAAAGGAUCAUGGCCAAACUAUUCUGGGUUUACGCGUUCCUGCUCGCUAGUUGCACAUUGUCAAUCAGUGUAGGUGCAUCAGGCGCUCUACGGAGGGAUGGCCUCUUCGGAGCACUGCUUGGUGGAGCACAGGCAACUAGAUUAGCCGACGACACAGGUGGUUCAGCCUGUGCGGGCUGUGCUAUCAUGGUCGGCCUGGUCGAGCAACUUUCUCAGCUGCACAACGCAACAGUGGUGGAAGCAAUCGAUAAGCUAUGUGGUUACCUUCCCAAAGACCUCCACGGUCCGUGCGACUACCUGGCCAAGACAUACGGUCCCGCUGUUGUGGAAUUCUUGGAGAGCAAAGAGACCUCCGACGUCGUGUGCCACGCCAUAGGAUUUUGCAAGACACCAGCGGGAACGGAUAUGUGUCACGUCUUUCCGCUGCCACCGUCCAUUCAACAUGCAUCAUCGAGACGGCAACGCAGUGACCAUAUCAGCGCACUGCGGCGGCGCGCGGAGGAGCUGGCGAGAGAAAAAGAGCUGAAUGAACUGUUGAACACUGUCACAACCGGUGCAUUCCCUAACUUCUGCGACUUUCCCGUGUUCCAUGAAGUCUGCAAAAUCAUUGAACGUUGGACGGAGGAGCACCUUCCAGCGGAUGAUUUGGACAAAGAUCGGUAUUCGGAUCUGGCCAGUGCACGCGGUUCGUCAUGGCGCGGCAAAGACUGUGAUGAUGUGAGUAGCAAUGUGCACCCAGGAAGAAAAGCCCGUGAUGGCGACAAGCUAUUCGACAGCAACUGCAACGGAAUCAGCGGUGUGGAUCAUGAGACAGGCAAGACUUACGAGGACAUGUGGUGCAAUGGCACUGGGCAGUCUGGCGUAGCGCUGCUGGGUGACAGCAUUGGUGCUCACUUCCACAUCCCACCAGCAUGGCUCAACGUCACUGAAAUGAAUGAGUUGGCAUUUCAACAUGCAAUUUUCGCACUGACAAAUGAACUGGACUGGCCACAGUUGAGCAUGGCCACAGGGCACUACAACGCCUCCAACUGGAGUCCAGAAAUCCAGGGGCCAAUGGAUUCCCUUUACCAGCGGUACGUGGAGCUCAACCGAUGCAACCACCGUGACUUCCAGAAUGCGGGCGUCAACGGUGCCCGUUCCACAUCCAUGGCGAAGGAAAUAGCAUCUACACUGAGUCCACGGAAUGCAGAGACACCGCCGCUGCUACUGAUAUUUGAACUCGUCGGCAAUGAUGUAUGCAAUGGCCAUCCAGGGACCGGUCAUAUGACCACACCAGAGGAGUAUUACAAGGCGCAAAUGGAGUCGUUGAAAAUCAUCGACGCCAGCCUGAACAAGGGUUCACAUGUCGUAUUGGUCGGUCUGGCCGAUGGGCGGUUUCUCUAUGACAACAUGCAUGCGCGCACUCACCCUCUUGGCGCACUGCGCAACGAUGUCACCUACACGGACUUCUACACCUAUCUGAACUGUCUAGGCGUAUCGCCGUGCUGGGGAUGGAUGAACAAGAACGAAACCUGGCGCAAUAUCACCUCAGAGCAUGCUUUUCAGCUCAACGCACAGCUGAAGAAAAUCGCCGACACCCAGACGUUCAGCAACUUUGACACAAUGUACAUGGAGUAUGACAUCCAAUCGGCGGCCGACAUCUGGUCUAAGCAGGGCGGCCAGCCGUGGCAGCUGAUCGAGCCCGUGGAUGGGUUUCACGCCAACCAGAUAGGCAAUGCCCUAGCGACACAGGUCUUCUGGAACAAGAUCGUGCAGACUAAGCCAAAGUGGCUACCAGCACGCAAUCCACACAACGACGACAUUGUGCAGCGAUUCGGAGACCAAGGAGGAUACUAG